UAGUAUGGAUUGUAAAGUCUCCUGCCCAGGGAGCUACAGAUCUGAGGCCUGAAUAAUAUGGGUUAGAAGAGAUGUUGGGCAGAGGGUAGUAGUACAUACCUGUAAUCUCAGCCCUUGGGAGGCUGAGGCAGGAGGAUUCCCAUGAGUUUGCAGUCAGCCUGGCGUACAUAGCAAGACCCUGUUUCAACAACAAACCCCCCCCCCCAAAAAAAAGAUACCUUUUGGGCAGAGCUGAAUGUCUCUAAGCAUUUGACCUCACUUUGGUUUCCAGCACCUGCUUCCAAGGUCAACAAAGGACAGAUAAUUGAAGUUAGGUAUCUCUAGGUUCUAAACUAGACCUGGAAGCCCCCUCUUCCUGCAUUGCAGAGAAAAGAGGAGGUGGCUGAAGAAGGAGGAUAUGAGAUUGGUUUUCUGCUCCUCCCUUUCUCUCCCUGUUUUCCUCACACCCACCCUCUCCCCCACAGCAGCCAUCUCUCCCACAGAAACUGGGAUAGGACAGAGGGGGCGGAGUUGGGGACGGAGGGCUUGGAAGCCCCAUUGCAUCCUGUAUCUGAGAAGCUUCGCCCAGGGGCAGCUGACCUGGCUUAUACUGUCCUCCUCCUGCUGCCAUCCUUCAGCACCAUGCUGGGGGCACUGGGGCUUUGGACUUGGCUUCCUGCAGCUGUGCAAGGCUACUAUUUUUGUCCCUGCAUUCACUCCCUUCUUGAACCCUCCCCUUUCCUCAUCUCGGGCCUCAGCACCCCCAAACAGGCGGACCUGUGUGUUCUUUGAGGCCCCUGGAGUGCAGGGAAGCACAAAGACCCUGGGGGAGCUUCUAGAUGCAGGAGCAGGGCCCCCCAGGGUUAUCCGCUGCCUCUACAGCCGCUGCUGCUUUGGGAUCUGGAACCUGACCCAGGGCCAGGCCCAGGUGGAGAUGCAAGGAUGCCGAGACAGUGACGAGCAAGGCUGUGAGUCCCUCCACUGUGACCCAAGACCCCGAGCUCACGCCAGCCCCGGCUCUACUCUCUUCACCUGCUCCUGUGGCACUGACUUCUGCAAUGCCAAUUACAGCCAUCUGCCUCCUCCGGGGAGCCUGGGGGCUCCUGGUGCCCAGGCCGCCCCAGGUGAGUCGGUCUGGAUGGCGCUGGCGCUCCCGGGGCUGCUGCUGCUCCUGCUGCUGCUGGGCAGCAUUGCCUUGGCCCUACUCCAGCGAAAGGCCCACAGAGUGCACCGUGGCCCAGAGCCAGAGCCAGACCCAGGCAGAGCCUGGAGUGAAGAGCUGCCGGAGCUGCCCCAGCUGUGCUUCUCCCAGGUAAUCCAGGAAGGAGGUCAUGCAGUAGUAUGGGCCGGGCAGCUGCAAGGCGAGCUGGUAGCCGUCAAGGCCUUCCCUCCAAGGGCCGCGGCCCAGUUCCAGUCUGAGAGGGCAAUGUAUGAGCUGCCAGGCCUACAGCAUGACAAUAUUGUCCGCUUUAUCACUGCUGGCCAGGGAGGCCCUGGACCUCUGCCCUCUGGGCCCCUGCUGGUACUGGAACUAUACCCUAAGGGCUCUCUGUGCCACUACCUGACCCAGCACACCAGUGACUGGGAAAGUUCCCUGCGGAUGGCGCUAUCCCUGGCCAAGGGCCUGGCAUUUCUGCAUGAGGAGCGCUGGCAGCAUGGCCAGUAUAAACCAGGCAUUGCCCACCGUGAUCUGAGCAGCCAGAACGUGCUCAUUCGGGAAGACAGGUCGUGCGCCAUUGGAGACCUGGGCCUUGCCUUGGUGCUACCUGGCCUUUCCCAGCCUCCCACCUGGGCUCCUACUCGACCCCGAGGCCCGGCUGCCAUCAUGGAGGCUGGCACCUACAGGUACAUGGCGCCAGAGCUCUUGGACAAGACUCUGGACCUGCAGGACUGGGGCACAGCCCUCCGGCGAGCAGAUGUUUACUCUCUGGCUCUGCUCCUGUGGGAGAUCCUGAGCCGCUGCCCAGAUCUGAGCCCUGACUGCAGACCGCCUCCCUUCCAACUGGCCUACGAGGCGGAACUGGGCAGCAGCCCCACCACCUGUGAGCUCUGGGCCUUGGCAGUAGAGGAGAGGAGGCGCCCCUACAUCCCGUCCACCUGGAGCUGCUCUACCAGGUCUCGCAACACCCGUUCCAUUCACCUGGGACACCCGCUUUCCCUCUCAGCCUUGACCAGACUCUGCUCUCCACCCCUGGCCUCGCCCUCAGCCCUCUCCUCCAGGAGGCCCUCCCGGACUGCUCCUUCUCUGAGCUCGGUCCUCAAGAUGCUGCCUCUCCUGAUACAGCAGAGCUGCAAAACUCAACCAGGGACUCCUUGAUCAGUGCCGUAGAUCUAUGCUUCCACUGUGACGCAAUAAAAGCCGGUUCUAGGCUGGGCGCGAUGGAGCAUGGCCGUAAUCCCAGCUCUUUGGAGACUGAGGCAGGAGGAUAAAUUUGAGCCCAGCCCAGGCACCUUCACUAUUCAGCAAGCACAUGUCUCAAAAUAAAACAGUAAAAAAGAACUCAGUGCGAAGGCCCUGGGUUCAACCCCAGUAUCACAAAAAAUAAAAUAAAAAUAAAAAAGGACUGGAGAUAGAGCUCUGCACUCCCUAUGUUCAAUCACCACUAUUGAAAUUAAUUAAAAAUUUUAGCCAGGCAUGGUA